AUGCCGUCCAGUUUCACGCCCCAAUCGCAGAUCGCCCUAUCGGCGUCUGUGGUGGAGCAACGACAGCAUGGCAGCAUCGCAAUAUGUGAGAAGGGCCUGCGGAGAAUGCGCCCGAUUCCAUCGCACGAUUCCAUGUUGGCAAAAAUGACUGCGUGCGAUCGCAGCAGUGCGAGCGCCUGGCAACCACAGCGACAUUCGGCAGACGUGCUCGCGCGGCGGAGCCUCUCUGGCGGCCUCGGGAAGCCGCCUCACGGUCGGGGACGCGGCGAGGACCGGCCCUCGACCGAGGCCCAGCAGCGGCCGGCGGCGCUGCGCCACGCCUGA